AUGUCCGCUGACCAACCCACGGCCACCGACUCUUCAUCCAACUCUCCGCCUUCAACCUUCUUAGCGCUCCUCAAUGAUAAUGAUGACGACCACAUAACCAACCUUCUCGCCGAAACGGUCCCACAACUAACGCAAAAUACCAUUACUAAUCUUGAAAAUAUACCAGAAUUUUCGGGAUCAUCUGCGCCACCAUUGAUGCCGUUUGGCAGAUCAGAAGACGAGGAUGGAGAAGAGUUGUUACUUGAUCCAGAAGAUUGGGAUGAGAGAAGACAUGGGGAAGUAGGGAGCAGCAGUGAAGAAUGCGAGGAUGAUGAUUUGAUUCCUUCUUUUGGACGUCUUUUGGAGGAGGCCGAAUCAGCACGAACGGCACUAGAAGCCGAAGGGUCUAUGCCGAGUUUCUUUGCCGGUAGCGAGGAGGAAUGGCGUCAAUUUACUAUCGAUCUUCGGCUAACUAGCGGCGUCGGUAAAAUCCGUCGGACUCGCGGCUCAGAGUCCGCCCUCCCUCCGGACAUUCGUGCCAUGAUUGGUGAAGCCAACAAGUUCUACGUUACCAGAGAUUUUCAAAAGGCGACGGAAUUAUUGCAAGAAAUAGUUAAACGAAACCCGAACAUACACCGCGUUUGGUUUACUCUCGCACUGAUACAUGAUGAGUUAGGGAAACACGAACGAGCAUUACAACUGUUUAUGGUUGCUGCACACUUGACGCCUAAAGAUGGAGCCUUGUGGAAGAGAUUAGGGUUGCUGUCGAGAAAACACAAUCAUAUGAAGCAGGCCAUAUAUUGCUAUUCAAAAGCGAUAAAAGCCAAUAGCAAUGACUUGGAUGCAGUGUGGGAUCGUUCCUAUCUUUACGCAGAAACUGGGCAAUUGAAAAAGGCGCUCGAAGGUUAUACUCAAAUUUUAAAACAAAUGCCCGACGACAUGAACGUAGUUCGUGAGAUAAGCAAAAUUCAUAUCAUGAACAAUGAUAUUCCACAAGCUAUAUCCAUAUUUUCAGCUGCUUUUAAUUCAUAUCUUUGUCGACCCUACUCGGAGGUUGCUGAUGUCGAAGGCUCUUUUGGAUAUUCGGAAAUAAACAUGCUGGCGGAGUUAUACAUGUUACAGAAUGAUUAUCAAAAAGCAAUAGAUGCAAUUAAGAAGGCAGUGAGGUGGAUUCAAGGACGAGAAAAAGAAACUUGGUGGGAUGCUUUCGAUGAUGAUAGAGAAUAUGAGGAAGGCGAGGGAGAAAGGGGAGUUGGAACAAACAGAAGGAGUGAAUUUGCUGACGUGAACAGUGUGAGAGGCGGAGGAGGGUCUAAUGUACGGUUACCUGCUGAGUUGAGGGUAAAAUUGGCACAGUGCAGAAUUCUUCUGGAUCAAGCAGAGGAAGGGAAGAUGCAUUUGGAAUACUUUUACCAAUACGAUAUCAAGUCUUAUAUUGACUUGUAUUAUGAUGUUGGCGAGACUUUGAUGGAUAAGAAUUUGUUUGAAGAUGCUUUGACUACAUACGAAGCCAUUUUAUCGACCGUGAAGGACAAGUUGCAAUGUCCCCAAGCUUGUAUUCAAAUUGGAUUUUGUUACCGAGAAUUGGGCGAGUUACGGAAUGCGUUGGAAUAUUUAAAGGCUGCUGUCAAGGGUAUGCCCAAUAACUUGGACGUAAAGUUGGCUUUAGCAGAAGUAUAUGAAGAUUUACACGAGGAUGCAAAAGCAUUGGAAUUAGUUAAUGAAGUUCUCACCAUUCGCCAACUCCAACGCAUAUCGACAAACACAAAUCCUUUGUCAGCCAACGUACAACCCGCUUCUCCUUCGCCUCCUUCACCUCCCUCACAUCCAUCUACUCCUGACUCUAUUUUACCUCUAAUUCCGGAUGAUCAAUCUACGCCGCAAUCUCGUUCCCAAACGCAUCAUGAGGAAUUGCGUCAGUUUGCCGCCGAAAAACGAGAAGAAACUCGUAUUCGUUUUCACCAACUAGACCUGCUUUCAUCAAGAAUAAAUGCAGGCGAAGACAGUGCUGCUGAAGAAUAUUUAAACACUGCCAGAGCGUUGAUGGAUGAUUGGUCAAAUAUGAAAGCAUUUUAUCCGAGAGAUUCAAGAUUUAGGGGCCUGGGAAGGAGAUGGGGACGAAAGAGAAAGGGUCUGUUUUUGGCUAUAGUUCAGGGCGGUGAAGGAGAUGAAAAUGAAGACGUAGAUUUGGAUGUGCAGGCCAGGGAGAUGGCUAGGCGACUUAAGAGAAAUCUUGCUGGUGAAAAUGAUGAAAAAACUCCUGUGGACCAGAGUAAAGUAAUGUUCCAAGGGGUACCUGUGGCUGACUGGUUUGACUUCUUUGUUCAGUAUGCAAUUAUAGCAGUUAAACACGGGCGUGAGAGUGAAGCAUGUGAUACACUAAGGAGAGCUAGUCUUGCGCGUGUUUUUUAUCAUGACGAGCCACGCAAGAUUCUCUUUAAACUGUUAUUAAUGGCGUGCGCCUUGCAUUGGAAUAAUUUUGAAGUUGUAUGUGAAUGCGCUCGAUUUUUCUGCAUGUACAAGCAGUUUUAUUCGGAUACUUAUUUGCUUUACAUAGCGAGUAUGUCGAGCGGAAAUAGCGCAGUCUCUUGCUUUGCAUCCACCAACUCGGCAAAGUUCUUUAUUCGCCAAGUGAAGGCGUUUGAUGAGCUUGUCGAACGUUCACGCAAUAACGAAGACAAUGAACAUGACUCGGAUCUGGAUAUUGAUACGGAGCCAAAUGUUGUUAAUAAGGAACAAAAAUCUAAAACCAAAUUUAAGCCGUCUAUACAUAGCGCUGCUUUGCUUUUAUUACAUGGCCAUAUACUGGUCUCUGCUAGGAGUUAUGUUGCUGCAAUAGCUUAUUAUACUCGUGCCUAUCAAUUGUCUCCCAAUGAUCCCAUCAUAAGUUUGUGCCUUGGACUUGCCUAUCUUCACCGAGCUAUGUCAAGACAGACUGAUAAUCGACAUUGUCAGAUAUUUCAGGGAUUUUCGUAUUUAUACAACUAUUGCGAAUUAAGAAAUAGAAAUCAAGAAGCAGAGUUUAAUCUUGGCAGAGCACUUCAUUCCAUAGGAUUGUAUCAUUUGGCUAUUAUACACUAUGAAAGAGCAUUAAAACUGCCAUCACUCAGAGAAGAAUUGAUACAGAAAGGACAAGUAACAUCUGCUGAAAUUGAAGAAGAUGAAGAUGAUCCAACUGAUCUUAAGAGAGAUAUCGCCUACAAUAUGGCAAUGAUAUACAUGGAGAGUGGAUCACCAGCACUUGCUCAGCAAUUAUUGCGACAACAUUGUACAAUAUAA